AUGGCUAGUGUACAUAGCUACUCUGCACGGGCAUCACUUCCGUCGGCAUUCACUUCUCUGUUGAGCCAGAUCCCUGUUCCGACAGUCUUCCCAACGCAGAGCAAGUCUUCUACAUGGAUGUAUACUCUCGCAGCAAUAGUCCUGUCCGUUCUCGCUCUCGAGCAGGGUGUCUAUCGUUACAAGAAGGGAAACCUUCCAGGCUCAAAGUGGACCAUCCCUAUUAUUGGCAAGUUUGCGGACUCCUUGAAUCCAACGUUAGAGAAUUAUUCGAAGCAGUGGCAGCUCGGGCCCUUGAUAAUGGCGACCAGUAACGAGUAUUCACUGAAGGUAUUCAAUUCAGCAGCGUAUGCUGAGCCCUGCCUUGCAGACUCAGCGAACCGGGUCCUCAUGCCAGACAACUGGGUGUUCCUCAAUGGCAAAGCCCAUAACGAAUAUAGGAAGGGUUUGACUAUGCUUUUCACUCGCAAAGCAUUAGGAACUUAUUGUCCUAUACAAGAUAUGAUCGCACGGAAGCAUUUUGCUCGAUGGCUCGAGAACGCCAAGAAAAAUCCGUCAGCGCAACCUAUAAUGUUCCCAGUACGCGACAUGAACAUGGACACAUCGCUCAAGGUAUUCUGUGGCAAUUAUAUACCCGAACACGCUACCCGGGAGAUCAGCGACAAGUACUGGCUUAUUACGAAAGCAUUGGAGCUCGUCAACUUUCCUCUAGCGAUUCCCGGCACGAAAAUCUACAAUGCCAUCCAAGCUCGAAAGUUGACAAUGAAGUGGUUGACACUCGCUGUGAAAAACAGCAAGAUUAGUAUGGUCGCUGGCCAUGAACCAGAGUGUAUGAUUGAUGCCUGGGUCAAAGAAUUGGCAGAUCCUGCAUAUAAGGGUCGACGGGAGUUUAGCGAUCGUGAAAUGGCCAUGGUCCUAUUCUCAUUCCUAUUCGCCAGUCAAGACGCAAUGUCCAGUGGUCUUAUCUAUGCGUUCCAGCAUCUAGCUGACCGACCUGACAUGCUUGCGAAAAUCAAGGCAGAAUCAGACUGUGUCCGUGGAAAUGAUCCAGACAAACCACUUACGCUCGAGAUGCUCGAUGAAAUGCACUACCUACGCGCGUUUGUCAAAGAAAGCUUACGUCUCAAGCCCCCUGUCACGAUGGUACCAUACAAGUGUCUGAAACCAUUUAACAUCACGCCCGGCUAUACAGUUCCCGUGAACACUAUGCUCAUUGCGUCGACAUAUCCCUCUCUUCAUGAUCCUUCCGUCUACCCGGAGCCCGAGACUCUCAAUCCCGACCGCUGGCUGGAUCCGGAAAGUAUUGCAAACACGAACCCAAAGAAUUACCUCGUUUUUGGAUCUGGAGCGCAUCGUUGCAUCGGCUAUGAAUACGUUAAUAUGAACAUCGCACUCUGUUUGUCCAACGCUGUUACGUUGAUGGAAUGGGAACAUGAGUUGACCCCGCUGAGCGAAGUAGUGGAAAUGAUUGCUACCCUCUUCCCGAAAGACGGAUGCAAACUCAGAUUCCGCCCCCGUAAGAGAGCGUAG